GGGUCCCGGGGCGAGGCCCCACGGGCCGCUGGGAGUGGCGACCUCGGUGCUCCCGGCAGCGGCUGGAGGGCGGGGGCCGGACCGAGCAGUGCGGGCUGCAGUGCAGAUGUCAUGUGGCCUGUGCUUUGGACCGUGGUGCGUACCUAUGCUCCUUAUGUCACAUUUCCUGUGGCCUUUGUGGUCGGGGCUGUGGGCUACCACCUGGAAUGGUUCAUCAGGGGAAAGGAUCCCCAGCCUGUGGAGGAGGAGAAGAGCAUCUCAGAGCGCCGGGAGGACCGCAAGCUGGAUGAGCUGCUGGGCAAGGACCACACCCAGGUGGUGAGCCUUAAGGACAAGCUAGAAUUUGCCCCUAAAGCUGUCCUGAACAGAAACCGCCCGGAGAAGAAUUAAUGGAGGACACAGGGCCCUGUGGAUCCUUCCAUGAGCCGUGACUAGUCCUGCCACCAUGUCAAUCCAGCCCCAGAACUCAUGUCUGAUGUGCUUUGUCACUUAUUCUGGCCCCUACCGCACCACCCAGCCACACACGUACUGGCUGCUCUUCUAUGGUUAGGCAGACACACUGGCAGCUGAGGGGCCAGUGAAGAGGAAUGCCCUUCAGGCUUCUGGCUGAAGGCUGCAUCUGCUGGAGGGUGGCCACAACUGCUCAGGCUUCUGCGCUGAUGGGUGCACUGCUGGGAGGAGUGUUCGGAAAUGAACAUUGACUCUCAGUCUCCGUGGGGAGGCAGUUUGGCCUCAAGUGGGAGUGUUGCCUGGCACUGUGGUGUUGCCUUUACGAGGGAUACCUACAUGUCUCGUGCCAGUUUGCACUGGGAAGAAUUCAAACAUUGACCUGGCUCCCUUCACUAGUUUGUCCUGUCCUUUGUGCUCGUUCUUCCUGAAAUCCUAUCUCAUCAGCUCAGGAAGAGGAUUCCCUGGGGAAGGAACGCAUUUUUCUGUUUUUGGAAGCCCAGGCUGUUCAGCUUGGGGUAGGUGAAUUUGCUUGAAAACAGUCACCAUCUUUCACCCCCGCCCCCCGUCACUGUAUAGUGCAAAACUUGAUUAAAGUGGCAUCUGAGAACCAUAUUGAUCUAA